AUGGUAAUCUCCAUGGAGGAAGCGGGCCGUUCCCGAACCAAACAUUUUGACAUGUACUCAAAACAAUCCGACGCACUUUCAGAAGGAUAUUUUUCUUGGGGUGCGCCGCUGUCUCUUCAGCCCAGGGGCUCUGAGAUGCAUCAGAUUCCAUACCCUCACUUUGCCUUGAUCGCAAUUGACGGUCGAGGAUGUGUCAAGUAUCACACCUCGCAGUCUCUGGAGAGGCAUUGCCAUUAUGUCUUUACCCCAGACGUGAAGGAAAGAUUUAUGAAUGCUACGGGAGAAGCGAAGCAUCAUUCGAGGUCUCACGGGAGAAUUGAAAUCCCUGCACCAAAAAAACGCCGGCUAGAGUUAGAGGAGAUCCCGGACAUUAGCUUUGAAAAUGUGGAUAGAGUGCCACUGAAAAUCGGAGACGAGGAGAGAAUUCUUGAUUACUACGAGUCGGCUUUCCGGGCGUUCCAGCAGAUUAACUGUCGACAAAUCGCCAAAGCAUUUAUCAAAAUCAUUGAGCCAAGAAAGCAAGUGAAGCAUCCUUACAACGGUGGGCGAGGGGCAUCGGGAGAGAAGGGCGAUCCGGAAAAGACGAAACCAGACUGGUGGCCUGCAGGAGUGAUUCAUCGAGAACCAGACCAUUUGAAAAAGCCAGAACGUAUACGGUUACUUGUGCAUAUCAUCCGGAAUCUUCGCAAAUCACACAAUAUAACAACUGAGAAGCUCGAAGAAGCAGGGAGAGAUGUCAAGCGGCAAAUCAAGCCGCGUGAACGAUGGGAGAUUCUUGAAGAGAUAUACGCGGUGCGCAGGAUGGAGGAGAGUUUUGAACGAGGCGAGAUCGACGCCAAAACUGUGAUAUACGUUGUCAACCGAGAUUCAAGUGCAAAAAGCGAGCGAGACUCGGAGUGUCUGUCGGAUUGUGGUCAUAGCUCGUUGGAGGGCAAGGAAACAUUCCUACCACCCGCAAUGUCAAGAUAUCCAAAAGACACCGAAGAUAACAUCCCCGCCAUCAAAUACCUCCCACCCUCAGAUUUCGUCCCCUCUCCCAUAGAGCAAGCCGCCAGUCCGGCGGUCACUGCAGACACUUGGUCCUUUCAGCAAUCUCCAUUCCAUCCUGUUGGUUAUGAUGUGCUGCCCUCGCAAUCCAUUCCUCCGGUGACAGCUGCAGAGCUCCACAUGCGCCUCCCUACCCAGUUUGACUACGUACCGUUAGCUGCACCGUCGUUUCAACCCGGGCCAAUAGGCCAUUCACAGCUUCUCCCACCGUCUCACCAAGAAAGCGAGGCGAUCCCCUAUUUCAAAUGA